AUGCUUGAUGAGCUAAACGUCAAGUUCACUAUGAGUCAAGUCAAAUGCCUCUUCCGACAAGUUCUCGAAGGUAUCGACUACCUGCAUAGGAACGACAUCAUUCACCGGGAUGUGAAAAUGCAGAAUAUCCUGUUAACAGCGAAAGGUGUCCUCAAGCUUGCUGACUUCGGCAUGGCUCGUGCAUAUUCCACGCGACCUCUGACACCCGGAGUAGUCACUAUUUGGUACCGGUCGCCGGAGCUCUUGCUUGGCACAAAAUACUACAGUCCAUCCAUCGACCUAUGGUCUGCUGGGCUUGUGCUUGCGGAAUUGCUUCAAAGCGCUCCAUGCCUUACUGGAGAGACGCCUAUAGAGCAACUAUCCUUGAUCAUCAAACUCCUUGGCUCACCCACCCAAGAUGACCUAGCAGCACUGUCAGCUAUGGGAUGUCCUGAGCUCAUCCGUUGGCGCAGAGAAGGACUGGCGUCUGGCCGAGCCGACAACAUGGAUCGGAGAUUCCUGGCAAACACCUCGCCUGAGACUAUUAACUUCUUGAGAGGUCUGCUCAAAUGGGACCCCAAUGCUCGAUGGACAGCUGGGGAGGCCUUGGGAACUGGCAAAAGCCGACUCUCUGCAACGGCAGAGAAGUGGUGGAAAGAGAGCCCACGCGCUAUCGACAAGGAUUUACUCCCUACAUUCCCCGAAGUACGCAACGUGGAGAAAAUCCAGACUACGACGAACCGUGGUAGAGCGGAGGUGGAGAUUGCUGGGCGGGUGGGGAAUAAUAAUCCAGGGAGAGGGGAUUAUAUUUUUGACUUUAGCGAAGACAGCGAUUUGCGGAGGCCUGCAAAGAGGCCUCGGGCACGAUGA